AUGGAGGUUCCAACUGCACAGCAUCCUCAAGGAGACGGUUCCACUUCCAACGGCGAGAGGAAUAAAGGACCUCUGGAACUGAGAAGUUCCACAGUGGAGGGAGGAGAAGUUUUGUUGAAAACAACUUCAAGGGGAACUUCUAAACCAGGAUCCUCCUCCUCCUCCUCCUCCUCCUCCUCCUCCUCCUCCUCCUCCUCCUCCUCCUCCUCCUCCUCCUGUACAUCAUCCCUCCAGAAAUCCCUUUUCCGCGAAGCCAACCCACAAAACGCCAUACAAGCAAACAGGGGCAGAAUUAGCAGUAUUGCACAGCUCAGACCUUGGGAUUACCCAAAUUAUAUUUACCAUUGA